AUGAGUCCCGCCUCCGAGCAGACAGCCAGCAAGCCCGAGCAGUUUGACUGUCUCGUGCACGGCGAGUCCGUCCCGGCCCAGUCCGGCAAACGCUUCGACGUCGUUGACCCAGGCACGGGCAACGUCUGGGCGGCGUGCUCGGACGCCGCCGCCCAAGACGUCGACGGCGCCGUACAGUCGAGCCACGAGGCGUUCCAGACAUACUCCAAGUGGACGCCGAAGCAGCGCUCGAAGAGCCUCUUUCAAUGGCACCAGCUCAUUACCGAGGCGAAAGGGGAUCUCGCCAAGGUGCUCACCUCCGAGACGGGCAAGCCGCUGCGGGAGGCGGACCAAGAGGUCGACUACGCCCUCAGCUUCCUGUGGUGGUUCAUCGGCGAGGCGGAGAGGAUCCAGGGCAGCUCCAUCACGUCGGCCGUCGGCGGCCGGCGCGCCAUCAUCAUCAAGCAGCCCGUCGGCGUCGUGGCGGCCCUGGUGCCGUGGAACUUCCCGCUGGUGCUGGCGCUGCGCAAGAUGAGCGCCGCGCUGGCGGCCGGAUGCACCAUGGUGGUCAAGCCGUCGCCCGAGACGCCCGUCUCGGCGCUGUCGCUGGCCCGGCUCGCCGUCCGGGCCGGGUUCCCCGCCGGCGCCGUCAACGUGCUGACGACGAGCCUCGACGGCACCCCGCCCGUCGCCGAGGAGCUCUGCCGGCACCCGCUUGUGCGCAAGGUGUCGUUUACGGGGAGCACGCGCGUGGGCAAGAUCAUUGCCGGGCUGUGCGCGCAGAACCUCAAGGGCUCGACGCUGGAGCUCGGGGGCAACUGCCCCUUUGUCGUGUUCGACGACGCCAACCUCGCCCGCGUGUUGGAGCAGCUCAUGGCCCUCAAGUGGCGGCACGCCGGCCAGGCCUGCAUCUCGGCCAACCGCAUCUACGUGCAGCGAGGCCUGCACGACAAGCUGGUGGCGGCGCUGGUGGAGCAGGCGUCGAGGCUCAAGAUGGGCUACAGCCUGGCCGAGGACACUGACUUUGGGCCCGUCACGACGCCGAGGGGGCUCGACAAGGCCGAGGCCAUGGCCCAGGACGCGCUGUCCAAGGGGGGGAAGCUGGAGCUGGGUACCGGCAAGCGCAUGUCCGACGGCGGCGGCGGAGGGUAUUUCAUGGAGCCGACCAUCCUGACGGGCGUCACCGACGACAUGCUCAUGAGUCGCGAGGAGAUCUUUGCGCCCCUGGCUGGCGUCUCCGUCUUUGAUACCGAGGACGAGGUCGUGGCGCGGGCGAAUAAGACGAGCAUGGGCCUGGCCAGCUAUGUCUUCACCAAGGACGUCCACCGGCUGUGGAGGAUGUUUGAGAAGCUGGAAGCAGGCAUGAUUGGACUGAACACGGGCGCCGGCUCCUCCCCCGAGACCCCCUUUGGCGGCAUCAAGGAAAGUGGCUGGGGAAAGGAGAGCGGAAAGGACGUGGCCGUCGACGAGUUCCUGGUGACCAAGUGCGGCACGCUGACCAUCGAGGACCAUUGGUGA